CCGUUGGUUGACGAUCUUAUUGUGAGACUGGUCCCAUGUUGGUCCGGUAACUGUACGAAGAUGUGCUACGUAAAGUCUAGACAUCAGACCAAUGCACAUGCCGCGCUAAAGUUGAAAACCUCCAGGCACAACAAUUCGUCUUGGUCGAAAUAAUACCACAAUCUCCUAGAACCAAUUAUUUGCUUCAAGAUGUACUCUUCGCUGCAAACAACACAGGAAAAGGGCACAGCCGCGCUCCCUAAUAACAACUUUGUGACAGAGACGACACCGGCCAUACCUCUUAAGGAGAAAGAUUUAAACAGUGAUGCUGGCUCGGUUGAUGUAAGGAUUCCUGAGAGAGGAACAUGGGGAGGACGUUUUGAUUUCAUCCUGUCUGUAAUGGGUUAUUCAAUUGGACUUGGGAAUGUCUGGAGAUUCCCAUAUUUAUGCUACGAAAACGGUGGAGGUGCGUUUCUGAUUCCUUAUUUCAUCAUGAUCGGACUGGUUGCAUUACCGAUCAUAUUCCUCGAGCUAUGUCUUGGUCAGUUUUCCAGUCUUGGAUGCAUCAGUGUGUGGAACUACUGCAAAUUAUUUAAAGGAGCUGGGUUUGCCAUGGCUUUUUUAUCAGCAGGAUUCUGCCUUUACUACAACCUCGUCCUUGCAUAUUGCAUUUAUUACAUGGUUGUAUCCCUCUUCAACCCUCAACCCUGGGUUGGUUGUGACCACGAAUGGAACACAGACAACUGCUAUGAUUCGAAGUCGUAUGGACAGCUUCAAAAUGAGACUUCAAAUACCCCUUUAUACUCAACGAAUGAGACAUCGCCAACACUAUCUACUUUGGCAAACUUCACAACUGCAGGUAAUUAUACAGAGAAGCGUGUACGAGCUACAGAAGAAUAUUGGAAGUUCCAUGUGUUGGAUUUAUCUGAUGGUUUGCAUUCCCUUGGAUCUAUUCGUUGGCAACUAUUAUUGGCCUUUACAGCUGCUUGGGUCAUUGUCUACAUAUGCAUCUCUAAAGGAAUCAAAUCGUCUGGUAAAGCGGUGUACUUUACAGCCACCUUUCCUUAUGUUUUACUCGUCGUUCUAUUUAUUCGCGGGGUGACACUGGAAGGGUCUCUUCAAGGAAUCUUGUUCUUCAUCAGACCGGAUUUCAAAGCUCUCGGUCAAGCAAAGGUGUGGCUGGCAGCAGCCAAUCAGGUGUUUCUUUCCUUCAGCCCAGGAUGGGGAGGCAUGCAAACACUGGCCAGCUAUAAUAAAUUCAACAACAACUGUUACAGGGAUGCUUUCAUGUUCUGCAUCUCAUGCGCCUGUACCAGUAUAUUCUCUGGUUUUGUCAUGUUCUCGAUUGUUGGUUUCAUGGCACAUGAUUCUAAUACAACGGUUGAAAAGGUAGUUGAUGCUGGUUACGGCUUGGCAUUUGUUGUGUUUCCUGAAGCAGUGAGUCGAAUGUGGCUCCCCCAGUUGUGGUCUUUCCUAUUUUUCUUAAUGCUCAUUAUUCUUGGACUUGACAGUCAGUUUGUUUGCUUGGAGACGUUAAUCACAGCACUAACAGACGAGUUGGCAGCAAUUUGGCCCCAGUCGAGACGCUGGAAAUGGCUGAUAAUCCUAGGAACGUGCUGCACAAUGUUUCUCGUUGGUUUACCUCUUGUUACUCAAGGUGGUAUUUACGUCAUGUCUCUUCUUGAUUGGUAUCUGUGUGGCUUCUCACCAAUGGUGACAACAAUGACGGAAACUCUGGUGGUAUCCUACAUUUAUGGAGUAAACCGUAUUUCCAGAGAUAUCCACUCAAUGCUUAACUUCACUCCUGCCCUCUAUUGGCGACUCUGUUGGAUGUUCUUUUGCCCACUCUUGCUACUGGGUAUCGUCAUCUUUGCUUUUCUUGACUACCAUUCUCCUAUCGUUGGAGAUUAUAGGUUUCCAUCUUGGGCAGAUGCAAUAGGAUGGUGUCUUGUGAGCUGUUCCAUCAUGUUCAUAGUUACAUAUGGAAUAUACUAUCUGUUUCGUCAAAAUGGAACUUUCCUUGAACGUUUAAAAAUGGCUACCAAACCGCAUGCAGAUUGGGGUCCAGCACUGAAUGCUAACAGAUUAAAGGCAGGCUAUGCACCGAUGCCAGACAAUGAACGAGUUGAUAAAACUAAUGUGGAUGGUUUCGCAGAACUUUCAUCAGCUCCAGUAUUUUGGGCAGCAGACUAUGAUUUUCACCACAGUAAGGAGUCUGAAACAGGGGUAUAACUUCUUGCAGUGCACCCUUUGGUCACUUCAAGACUCGACUAUACUGCAACAGUCUUCUGAUUGGAGUCAGCCAAAAACUCAAAAGGAGGCUAAAUAGCGUGCAACGAACUGCUGCCAGACUCAUCACAAAGAAACGCAAGUUCGACUCUAUCACCCCGGAACUCAUCAAACUACACUGGCUCCCAAUCCAACAAAGGAUCGACUUCAAGGUCAUCAUUCUCAUGUUUAAAGGCAGUGGACACUAUUUGUAAUUGUCAAAGACUAGCCUUCACAGUUUGUGU